AUGCCUCAAACGGUAGCCAAAUAUGACGGUCUAGGCGACCCUGACGACCACCUUAACCUAUUCAAAAGUGCCGGUGAGGUAGCCUGUUGGUCCAUGCCCCUAUGGUGCAAAAUGUUUGUGCAAACACUGAUAGGCGCGGCCCGAGUCUGGUGGGAUAGUCUGCCCACCGGAGAAAUAGACAGCUUUGAAGAUUUAGAAUCCAAAUUUAUCCUACAGUUCAGCCAGCAGUGCAGACAUACGAAGGAUAGAAACGAGCUCCUCCACAUCCGCCGGCGAGACAAUGAAACGGUGGAAAACUUUAUCGUCAGGUUCAAUAAGGAGAGUCUGGCAAUCCCGGGGGUAACAAAUGACCUGGCAUGUGGAGCCUUCCUACAGGGAGUAAAUGAUGAUGAGUUGGUAAGAACACUUCACGGAAGGGAUGGCGUGCCUCCCACAAUAGACGAAAUACUUCGAAUAGCCAAAGUCUAUGUGAUACAAGAGAAGGCAGUGGUAGCCAGUCACGCGGUUAACAGGAAAAAGGAAGCUCUAAAAAACCAGGAAGAGAGGGAGCACCGGGGAUCUAGAGGUAAAGGCAAAGGAGACCGAUACCAAAGGAAUGAUAAAGCGGCACGCGAGAUCUUAGCCUCGGAGAAACUCAAGUUCAACCCUCCAAAGCCGUUGAAAGAUAAUCCCAACAAAGAUACGAGUAAGUACUGUGAAUACCACAAGGGGAGCGGUCAUGAUACCAACGACUGUUUUCAGCUAAAAAAACAAAUCGAAUAUUUUGUAAAGGCGGGCAAAUUGGCACACCUAGUAAGAGAUAUCAAGCAGGGCCCACCUGUCGUCAAGGAAGAAAACGAUAAGGCGGCGGGUAAGAGGCCGCGGGAAUUGAAUAUGGUACACGCGGAUAUGGGAAAAGGGGCAAAACGAAGUUUCUCCACGCUUGAACCCUGGAUGCUAGCAACAAUGACUAUCGAACCUCGUAUGGAGGACUUACACCUCACAACUGAUGCCCUAAUUAUAUCCGCUGCAGUAGGAGAUUACCGCAUGAGGCGAAUCCUUGUCGACACCGGGAGCUCAGAAGACAUUAUCUAUGAGCAUUGCUUCAAUAGAAUGCAACCGGAAGAUAGAAAACUGCUUGAAUCAGUGCAUGCUCCCAUUAAAGAAUUCACAGGUGAAAAAGUUGACCCUAUUGGUCAGAUCACCUUCCCGGUCACAUUUGGACAAGAACCCGGAGAAAGAACCAUACUCCUAACUUUCCUUGUGGUCCGCGCUGAGUCAUACCACAAUGUGAUUAUUGGAAGGUUCACUCUAGGGAAGCUGGACGCUAUAGUUUCUACAGCACGAGGAUUCAUGAAGUUCCCUACCCCGCGGGGUAUUGCAACAGUGUUCCGUGACAAGAUUGGAGAGGUGUUAAGCACCAAAAGAUACCGCCAAGGGCCCACCAGAGCUACUGGUCCAGAAAGGUGGGUACUAAGCACACGCCAUCCGGACCAAACGAUCACGAUCGGAGACAGCCUCUCUCCAGAAAUUAAAAAUGACCUGAAGCAACUGCUAAGAAGAAAUGUUGAUAUCUUCGCCUUUGAACAUUCUGACAUGACAGGAAUCCCCCGCGAUAAGGCAGAGCAUAAGCUAGCAACGCUCCCAGGCAUUAAGCCGGUCGCACAAGGCAAGCGCAGUAUGGCCCCAGAUCGAAAGGCAGCGGUUGUCAAGGAAGUACGAAAAUUGGUGGAAGCUGGAAUCCUCAGAGAAACACAAUACCAUACAUGGGUAUCCAACCCAGUGAUGGUAAAAAAGCCAGACGGAACGUGGCGAAUGUGCAUUGAUUUCAAAGAUUUAAACAAAACAUGUCCCAAAGACGCAUACCCACUGCCUGAAAUCGAUUUCAAGGUCGACUCCCUGGUGCCUUACAGGUAUAAGUGUUUCCUAGACGCUUACAAAGGGUAUCAUCAGAUCAAGAUGUCCAAAGAAGAUGAAGAAAAAACAACGUUUCACACCGAUGUGGGCAUCUUUUGUUACACAAAGAUGCCUUUCGGUUUACGAAAUGCCGGAGCUACCUAUCAGAGACUCAUGGACAAAGUUUUCGAAACACAAAUCGGCCGAAAUUUGGAGGUCUACGUCGAUGAUCUUGUAAUCAAAAGCAGGGAAGAAAAACAAAUGCUAGAAGACAUCGAGGAAACUUUCCAAAAGCUUAGAGAGUACAACAUCAAACUCAACCCCAAGAAAUGCUCUUUCGGGGUGGAAGAAGGGAAGUUUCUGGGGGUAGUUGUCACCCGGGAUGGUUUUAAAGCUAAUCCAGAAAAGGUGGCCGCCAUAGCGCGGAUGCCUUCCCCAAGAACGUUGAAGGAAGCCCAGGCUUUAAAUGGACGGCUAGUGGCGAUCAACAGAUUCUUAGCAAGGCAUGCUGAGAAAUCUUUGCCAUUCAUCAAAACAUUGAAGGAUUGCCUCAACAAGAAGAAUUUCAAAUGGACCAACGAAGCGGAAGAAGCCUUGCAAGACAUGAAGCGUUUCAUAGAAAGAUUACCCAUGCUGACAGCACCAAGGCCUAAUGAGGUGCUAAAGAUGUAUUUGGCAGCAGCCCAUAACGCGGUAAGCGCUGUGCUUAUGGUAGAACGAGACGGAAGACAGAUGUCCAUAUAUUACAUCAGCCGGGUACUGGCUGGGCCCGAAACGCGAAAUCCCACGCUGGAAAAGCUGGUCCUAGCGCUUGCAAUUGAACUAGGUGCUUUGGAUAUUGAAUACCAAAAACGAACAGCAGUUAAAGGGCAAGUAAUCGCCGACUUUCUAGCCGAAAUUCCCGAAGGAGAAACCAUAGUGGACCCAGCCAUCCGGGACAUCCCGGAAUCCAGUACCGCUCGGCAGCCGUGGAAAUUGUACACGGACGGGUCAUCAAGUGGAAAAGGAUCAGGGGCAGGUUUAAUGCUAAUAGGCCCAGAUGAGAUAAGGUUGAUGUAUGCUUUACGCUUCGAUUUCGAAUGUUCAAACAACGAAGCAGAAUACGAAGCACUGCUUGCUGGCUUAAGGAUGGCCCAGUCCAUGGGAGCCACAAGGGUUGAUGCAUAUGUGGAUUCCCUACUGGUUAAUAAUCAAGUAAACGAAACAUACGAGGCCAAGGACGAAUCGAUGGCAAGAUACCUGGCAAAAACGAAGGAGCUCAUGGCUUCCUUUGAUAACGUCACAAUCAACCACGUUCAUAGAGGUAAACACCAGAUAGCAGAUGCUCUUAGCAAACUCGCUACCUCGGGCAUGGAAAAAGAAGUUAAAGUAGAAACGCUGCAGGCACCAUCAAUCGAACCGCGGAGUGUUUCCGCCGUCACAACGGAAGAACCAAAGUCAUAUUUGGGACCGCUUCUGCGGUGCGUAUCCCCAACAGAAGCAAAGUACUUGAUCAGCGAGAUCCAUUCAGGUUUAUGCGGUAUUCACGCCGGACCUCGAGCAGUAGUGGCCAAAAUCCAUAACGCCGGAUACUAUUGGCCCGGAAUGCACGAAGACGCCGUAACCGAACUGAGGAAAUGCCACAGUUGCCAGAAAUUCGCCCCCCAGACACUCAGGCCCAAGAACAACUUAAUACCGGUUACAGCGGCAUGGCCUUUUCAAAAAUGGGUGGUGGAUAUCGUAGGACCUUUUCCACCGGCCCCCGGAAAGCUAAAAUACUUGAUUGUGGCCAUCGACUACAUUACCAAAUGGGUGGAAGCCAAACCUUUAGCUAAAAUCACCGCUGACAACACCAAGAAGUUCCUUUGGGAACACAUAGUAUGCCAGUUUGGACUACUGUUGUACCUGGUGAGUGACAAUGGAACACAGUUUACUGACAGGAUUUUCCAGGAAUGGUGCGCCGACCUUCAAAUACAGCAGAUUUUCACAUCAGUAGCGCACCCCCAAGGAAACGGCCAGGUCGAGCGGGCGAACAGGAGCUUGCUAGAUGGUAUAAAGUGA